CACGUAGCGGGAGAAUACCGCAACAAACACGCUGUCAAAAUUCUCGGUUGGGGCGAAGAAAAUAAAACCCCAUACUGGUUGAUGGCCAAUUCCUGGAAUAGAGAUUGGGGUGAAGACGGUUCGUUGACUUUGAUCCGUGUUAAAAAAAGCGUUGCUUCUUCCAAUAUUGCUAAAUUACUGCAUUAUUCAUAA